GUCAAUGGAUCAGUCAGAGGGAUAGCGAAGAAUCAUCCCCAUUAUCGGCAGGAUACCAAAAGUUCUGGUUCGACGAAGCACACAACUUUACCAAUGUCUUCGUACGCUCUACCACAGUCCCGGGGGCUGUGCUAAUGGGCAUUGCGUUACCCGGUGACUACCCGUUAAACGCACAAGAGGUCAACGCACUCACAUUUGUGCCAGAUGUCACACCCGAGGGUAUGUUGAAGUAG